AAGAAAAAAAGUAUUUUCUUAUUCUCUUACGCCAUUAGCACCAGAUUUUUUUUUUCUUUUUCUUCUUUCUCUCUCCACAUAAUGAUCCUGUCUUAAUCUAAUUCUCAGUAAAAUAAUAAAAAUAGUUUUUUCUUUUUUUUAAUUUUCUGGCACGAAGCAGCUUGUCAGAAAAUUAGGGCUUUAAUACCCAUUCACAAGACUGCGCGAAAAUUCCCUUCCAGAUAAGGUUCCAAGCCAUGGUUUGGAUAUCAGUAAUCACUUGAAGUGUAAAGAGUAGCAGAGCUCGUUUUCAGAUUAUUUGGAGGAAUUGGUCUUGAAAAAUGGAGGAUCAAGUAGUUUUGCCUGAUGAGUCCUUUGUAUCAUUCGUUAGCGAAGUUAGAGUAGAAGAAGACGAGGAAGACUUUCGGAGCUGUUGUGAAGAUGAUGAGGUAUGGAAGGAAACUGAAGAGGUGGUAAAGGAAGAAGAAAAGGAAGAGUUCGAUGAAUUUUCAGUGAAGAUGUUCUUCAAGGGCAUCUCUUUAGCUGAGACUGGCGACUCUAGUUCUGGGUUUUCAGGAAUUGGGGUGGUCAUGGAGAGAUCAGCCGAUAGCCCUGUUAUUCAAGUGCAGAAAAAGCUUGACUUUUAUGUGGAGGAAUCCGUGGCUGAUUAUUUAGCUUUAAUGGAUGGUUUGACAGAGGCUAUAGAGAAUAAAAUCCACCGUGUAUACGCUUUUACUGAUUCAGCAAUGUUAUAUGAUCAGAUUACAUGCGACAAGAAACUUGAUAAUGCACUUGUGAUGGCAUUGAGGGAAAGAAUCCUAGAACAUACCCGUAAUUUGGAAGAGUUUGUUCUGAAACUCGUUCCAACCAUCAAUCUUUUGAGGCCAUUGCAGCUAGCCCAAGUAGCAAUAGGAGUCGUUUCUUCUCCUACCAAGGGAGAUAACACUCCUGAAAAUUGUUCUAUCUGCUGUGAUGAGAAACCAUCAUUGAUGAUGAUCACCAUGAAGUGUUCUCAUAAAUUCUGUUCCCAUUGUAUGAGAACUUAUGUGGAUGGUAAACUGAAGUCGUCCCAAGUCCCAAUCAGGUGCCCUCAGUUAAGAUGCAAGUAUUACAUCUCCACUGCUGAGUGUAGAUCUUUUCUUCCACUGGCUUCCUAUGAGUCUUUAGAAAGAGCCCAAACAGAAGCAAAUGUUCUUCGCUCAGAUGGAAUCUACUGUCCUUAUCCAAAUUGUUCUGUCUUGCUUGAUCCACGUGAAUGCUUGUCAACUAGGGCAAGUUCAUCUAGUCAAUCAGAUAAUAGCUGUGUUGAGUGCCCAGUUUGUCAAAGGUUUAUAUGUGUGGAAUGUGGAGUUCCGUGGCAUUUGUCAAUGAGUUGUGAAGAGUAUCAGAACCUCCCUCUCGAGGAAAGAGAUGCUGCAGAUAUUACCUUACAUCGCUUGGCACAAAACAAUAGGUGGAGGCGUUGCCAGCAGUGCCAUAGGAUGAUUGAACUUACUCAAGGUUGCUACCACAUGACGUGCUGGUGCAGGCAUGAGUUCUGUUAUUCUUGUGGUGCUGAAUACAGGGAUGGUCAACAGACCUGUCAAUGUGCCUUUUGGGAUGAAGACAACUCUGACGACUUGGUAACGCAUUCUGUCCAGGAAUCAGAACAAUGGGCAUGGGAGACUUUCAAUUCACUCCCUAUGAUCAUGGAUGCCUACUCAGACCAAGAAAGAUCACAGCUGGCGCUAAUCCAAAGGUUCCUUGCUGGGGGCUUUAGUCUGAGUGACCAUCAUCCAUAUCAAUCCCCACCCCGCUGUACAGAUUCCUAUGUAGAUGCCAUGAAGGACCUCCAUCAGCUUCCUUGGCUUGAGAGAUUUGUCUCUGUAAUAAGUGACAACUACUACGAAGACUAUAUCCAAUGAAGGCCUUUUCCAUCAAUUUCUCUCCCAAAGUCUCCACACUUUCCUUCACUAACCUAUAGGCAAAGCCAUGCGGUUUAACUUUAAAGUUCCAAUAUCCCUAGCAGCCUACCCAUCCACCAUCCACGGUGCCAUUUUCAUGGGGUUUAUUAAUAGCAGUUCAACUGUGGACUGCGGUCCAAUGUUUUUAAAUCUAGGUCUUACUUAGCACACAAAAUGGCUGUGCUCAUAGGCAUAGCUGAACUGGAUCGUACAAUGGCCUAUUUUAUUUGAGGAGUCAGUUUCCUGUUUAACCAGUUCAACAGCCGGUUUGACUGGGUUAUAGAUAUGGGUUCCAAGCCUCCAACAUCGAAUUAGGAUAGGCUUGGAAUAUGGAACGAGAUCAGGAUCUGUCGCUUUGAUUUCACUCGUGCCUGGUGAACUGGACUAGUACCAUGGACGGGCGGCAUCAAUUUUGCCAAGCGAUACCCAUUAUAUCUUGGUUUAUGUCAUUCGUCAACUGAAACGAAAUCCAAGUUUUUACAGAUUGUGUUGUUUAUUUCGUAUGUUCUGCAUAUUGUAGAUUCUUAACAGGUAAUAAUGAACGUAACGUAGCCUUCCGAAGUCGUUCCAGCAAGACUUGGAGACAGAGGCAAAGCCAAACCACAUGCAAUUUUAUUUAUUUUUUUGUUCAGGCAGGAGGGAAUGGACAGAAGGAGAUCUUCACUCAAAAUCAGGACCUUUAAAUCUUUAUAAAACAUCUUUAGGCACUAGAUCAAUAGGUGAAUGACAAAAACAUGCAAUUUUUUACUAUCCUACAGGAAUCACUCACUAGAACACCCUUCAAUGAUCAGUAUUUUCCCUCGUUUUUUCGCCUGAUUACUGGCUUUAUAAUUAUAGAUGCCAUCACAGUAAAAAUUGCAACAAGCUUUCGUUUUUCAUAAUUUAUUUUUCUGUGGGGUGCCACUGGCACGUCUAUUUUAACCAUCUCUCAUCUCCUAGUGCAUCCACCCACCAUCUUUUUUUUAUUUAAUCUUAACAGCACUAGUAUUUCAUUUUCACUUGUACUGAUAACAGGCAGGCCAUGGGAGAGCUUUCUUCUGGGUAUAUAUAUGGCGGUGAAACUACAGGGACAAA